AUGGUGAAAAUUAUAGGUUUAAGAAACUUAAAUAGAACUGAAAUUCAAGAAGUAGUUUUUGAAAACGAAGGUAUUCAAUUAGAUGCUACUAUUGUUAACGAUUUCAUAUGCGAAACUAAAGAAGCUCUUUUAUCUCUUGAUGAAAUUAACAAAAUAAUUGAUUUAAAUUCUAGCAAAUUAUCAUAGGCAAUUCUCGAUUUGAAGCUCGAGAAGGAAAGCAAUUUUUCAAGAGGCUUCUUAUUCAUUCUUUCUUUAGCACUUACUAAGUCCAGAAAGAGCAUUCGCAAGUCAACAAUCGAAUUCGUUCUUUCUACAUUCAACGCAUUUGUCAAGCCAUCAGGUCUUUCUGUUAAUCCUUAUAACAUUUUGAGAGUAUUCUAUGGUCAGUAAGGUAUUACCGAAGCCUUAACAACUGCUGGAAUUGCCCCAGUUUAACUUACAAAAGACGAAGUCGAACUUAUUCUCUUAAGUGUUCAAAGUACAUACGUCUCUGCUUUAACUUUAUGGAAUCUUUUUGGAACAAAGAAUGUUUUGAAAUUAGGCAGCGUAAGUUAUGCAUUCUUCUGCGAAAGUGGCUAUAUUAACACUGAAUAAUUCUUAACUGCUUAUUCAGAAAAGAGAAGCUUACAAAGAAGCAUUUCUCUUCUUGCCACUGAAAUUUAAAAUUUAUUAUUCUCCAGCAGACUAUCUAAAAAGAAAGCCACUUAAGAAAUCACUUCUUGGAUAGAAAUUGCAGGCACUGUUAGAAAUGGUUUACAAUCAUUACUUGAUUUCUUAGUAGACGAAUUAGCAGUUGAAAGUGAUGAUGUUAAAAUUUAAUCUUCAGGAGUUACUAACCAAAUUGAGUUAAAGAAUUUCAUGGGUUUGAAUAACUUAUUAAUUUCUUUACUUGGUAGUAUCAGUCUUUAGGCUAUCAACACCUUAAAUAGAAUAGUUUCAAAUGCUGGUCUUUUGGAAAAUAAAGUAAAAACUCUUCUCGCUGAAGUUGUUUCUUAUAACUCUUCACUUAAUUUCAGUUAUUUGACUGGCAAUUAUAAGGCAUUAGGUGAAAACUUUAUCCUUGCUCUUUAAUUCGAUAAGUAUAUUUCUUAUCUUUACCAAGCUAUCCAAUAUGAAUUCUUUGUUUCUUAUUACACUUUACACGCUCUUAACAAGCAACUAAGCGAGAACAAAAAAGGAAAGGAAGAUGAUAGCAAAAAGAAGAAGAAAGAAGUUAAGCUUUUGCAAUUAGGUAAGGGAACAGAAGUAGUAUUCAAUGAAGUUUAAGAAAAGUUUAAAAUUGCUGGUGAAGAAAAGUGCUUAGAAGUAGAAGAGAAUAUCAGCUAAAACUAUUUCAGCUUACACAACAACUAGCUCUUAGCUUAAAUCGAUGAAUUAAUUGCCCCUCGUAAUGAAGAAAGACGUAAGCCUAAGAUUCCUAAAGGUACAAGAGAUUUCAACCCUCUUUAAAUGGCAAUCAAAAGAAAGGUUUUCAAGAUCAUUUAAGGUAUUUUACUUCAACACGGUGCUGUUGAAAUCGAUACUCCUGUUUUUGAACUUAAGGAAACCCUUACUGGUAAGUAUGGUAAUGACUCUAAAUUGAUUUACGAUCUUGACGAUUAAGGUGGUGAACUCUUAUCUCUUAGAUACGAUCUUACCGUUCCUUUUGCCCGUUUUCUUGCUACUCAAUCUCUUACAAACUUCAAGAGAUUCCACAUUGCCAAGGUCUAUAGAAGAGAUUAACCUAACAUGACUAAGGGAAGAUAUAGAGAAUUCUAUCAAUGCGAUAUCGAUAUUGCUGGUAAUUACGAUCCUAUGAUUCCUGAUGCUGAAAUUAUUAAGGUCGUCAAUGAUAUUUUAUAAGCAUUAGAACUCGGCUCUCCUUUCACUAUUAAAGUUAACUCUCGUAAAAUUUUGGAUGCCAUGAUUGAGAUAGCUGGUGCUCCUCAUUCUAAGUUCAAAACUAUUUGUUCUUCAAUCGACAAGCUUGAUAAGGAACCUUGGUCAGAAGUUAGAAGAGAAUUAAUUGAAGACAAAGGUCUUGAUGUUGUUAUUGUAGAUAAAUUAGGACAUUUUGUUUCUUACAAGGGCAAGCCUUUUGAGUUAUUAUAAAAAAUCAAGGAUGACAAAUUAUUUGAUGCUUCCGAAGCUGGUAGAUAGGGAGUAUAAGAAAUGACUCUUCUUUUCGAUUACUUAGAAGCUAUGAACUGCCUUUCUAAUGUUAGCUUUGAUCUCUCAUUGGCAAGAGGACUUGAUUACUAUACAGGUAUGAUUUACGAAGCUGUUCUUGAAGGUGCUAACAUCGGCUCUAUUGGUGGUGGUGGCCGUUAUGAUGGCUUAGUUGGAAUGUUCUCUUCCAAAUAAAUUCCUUCAGUCGGUGGUUCUGUUGGUAUUGAACGUGUUUUCAAUAUUUUGGAAGAACAAUAUAAGAAAAAAUUAUCAAUCAGAGCAACUGAAACAGAAUUUUUAGUUUGCACUGUUGGUAAUGGCUUAUGCAAAGAAAAACUUAGAUUAGUAAACGAAAUGUGGGCUCGUGGACUCAAGACUGAAAUUAUUUACUCAGAAAAACCUAAACCUAGAAAACAAUUAGAUUAUGCUUAUGAAAACUAAAUUCCUUUCACUAUCUGGUUAGGUGAAGAAGAAAUUAAGGGAGGCUUUGUCAAGGUUAAGUGUACCUACACCAAGGUAGAAGAACCUUGUCCAAGAGAUAAGCUAUUUGAAACACUCGAACAAAAACUUGUUCAAUACCAUGAUGAUUUAAUUAAUGAUCGUGUUGUUUAUACUUAUGAAGAAAUUAAGGAAAAUUGA